AUGGAGACUCAGACGACUUCGAAAGGCAAUCCCCGCGAUUCUAUGGUGUCGACCUGGCGCGAUGGUGACCGAUCGCAAUGGACACCCUCCCACUGGCUGCUGGACCUGCUGGGCACACGCCUCACUCCCCGCGAUGGAAAAGUACCAGUCUAUUCCAAGACGGACAAGAUCCCAUCCGUACGAGAAUGGACUGUCCACCUGUGGAUUCUGCUACACGCCCUGAUUCCGCACGUUCUUCAACAAACAUACAUGACCUAUACCGGCCGCACCCUCCACCCUAUCGCCGCCUUUUGCUUGUAUAGCACGACCUUCUAUGGGACUGGCAUCCAUCUUACGCAAACCAUUCGCCGCCUCGGUCAGGUCUACGGCUUCUUGGACGGGGAUAAGCAUGGGCGAGAUGACAUCCCUGAUGUUGGCGUGGAAAGAGUUGCGGCGGAACUGCUUUCCGUACCCACACUUCGGCUGGCCAUGUCUGUCUACCUAUCUUAUCGACCGGAGGAGCGCCCGUUAUCUUUCCACGGGGGCUGGCUCGCGUUGGAGAUCGGACUCUACAGCAUCACGGUGGACUUUUGGUUCUACUGGUACCACCGUUUGAUGCACUCGGUGCCUGUGCUGUGGAGAUUCCAUCGCACACACCACCUAACGAAACACCCCCACCCGCUACUGGGUGCGUAUGCGGACCAUGAGCAAGAGUUUAUGGAUAUAAUAGGCAUCCCACUACUUGCGUAUGGCACUCUAAAGCUGAUGGGGUUGUCCAUGUCCUUUUACGAAUGGUACAUCUGCUAUCAGUAUGUCGUCUUCUCUGAGAUCAUCGGACAUAGCGGUCUCCGGAUCCACGGCAGCACGCCCUCUACUAUCAAUUGGUUGCUCGAGAUCUUUGAUGCAGAGUUGGUAAUCGAAGACCAUGACCUACACCACCGAUAUGGAUGGAGAAAGAGCCACAACUACGGCAAGCAGACUCGGGUCUGGGACCGCAUUUUCGGCACCUGCCGUGAACGCAUCGAAGGUCAUAAGGACAACAUCGACUAUGUAAACCGUGUUACAUUCCCACUGUUUUGA